AUGGCCACCAACGGAGCGUCUGCCCGCACGACCUCGACUUCACCUACACGUCAAACGACCUCCACCGGUAAUAGCAGUAACGGCGCAAUGAGACCGUCUGCCUCCAGACAAUCUCCAACACCAAUCUCAGCUCGAGCGGCAGCUAGAAAGCCUGCUGCAAGAGCAAACAGUGGUCUUGGAGGUCGCACAAAAUCAACAGACAACGGCUACUAUGACGAUGAUUCAAGGGCAGAACAUACGCAACUGGUGGAAGAUUUGAGGCUGCAGGUGCAGAGAGCAGAGAUAGCAUCGGAACAAUAUCGAAAGGAACUCGAAAUCCUACAGAGGCGUCUCCAGGAGGCUGUAGGGGAGCGGAACGUCCUUGAAGAACAGAUUGCGCAGAAGGACAACGAGGCUGAAGCUGUGCAUGCAGAGACAAAAGACAUCAUGCGCCAGAAGAAAGAGCUAGAGCAGGCUCAUAAUGCUGAGAAGACAAUGAUGCUCAAGGAGCGAGAAAAUCAGGCAAGUAAAGAACAGGAGCUCCAAGCUAUUAUCCAGCGGUUGAACGACACGAUCAGACAGAAGGAGAUGCGGGCGCAGAUUGAAGGCGAUCGGCCCGCCAUAUCCAGAUCCGCAAGUUUCCGAAGCCGAGCGUCUCCUGAUCUCGACCCGGGCCAAUUUGCACCUUCUGCCCAGCUCGAACGAAGCCCCUCACGCAACAAUUCCAAGCUGCUUCUACAAAAAGACAAGAUGAUUGAGUCAUUGAGGCUCGAGCUCGCCGAAGUGCAAAUUAAGGUUGCUGAAAUGGAGCACGUGGGAGAUGGGCGGCUUCAGCAGAUUGAGAAACAGCUACUGGAUACCAAGAUGGCGAAUGCCCGGCUCAUGGAAGACAAUGAGAGCUUUCAGCUCCUACUUAGUGAGAAAACCCUGAAGGGGGAUUUCAUGCAAGAGUCAAGACCAGAGACAGCAAAUGGCAUAGGCACGGGCUCUCUGGCUGAUGAAUUGGAGGUAGCCAGAGACGUUGGGGAGUGUGAAGGUGGAGAGGCGUAUAAGAAAUUAGAAGCGGAGCUGAAAUCUUCUCGUGACAGUAACAAGGCUCUCACGCUGUAUAUCGACAAAAUCAUUGGUCGGCUCUUGCAACACGAGGGCUUCGAGCAUAUCAUCCACGAGAAGGAUGAGCCGACGAAGGCUUCUGUAAAAUCGACAGACAAGGCGCUUCCACCGCCUCCACCUGGCGAACAAGGCGCGUCCUUGCUGCAGCGUGCCAGAUCAGUCGUUGCCGGGAAGGCUGGACGGCCGCCACCAGAUAUUCGUCCCUUGAGUUUCAUGCCAUCGGCUGCGAUGGAGGCUGCUCCGACCGCCCACGAAAACCCAGAAACGGCUCCCAGCAUCCCACUCGCCAAAGGACAUCGUCAUUCAAGGUCAGAUCAAGCAACAGAAAACCCGAUGCCCGCCGCGAUCGUAGGUCAGAUGCGCCGCGGUUCGCCCCUCAGAGCAGCUUCAGGAGGACCUUCUAGUCCAGGAAUUAGCCCGUCGAUUAAUUCGGGUAUUUCGUCAAGUCGUUCGCCAUUUUUCGCCUCAAGCAACCCGCCUAGCUCCCGAGUCACUUCUGGUAGCGGCCUACCCACGGGCGAGCGCAGUAGUCGAACAAAUAGCAUAUUGAGCGAGCACAGCAGUGAGGUCAAAUCACAGGAUACGCCUAGUCCACCUCGGGAGAAACAAGGACCAAACGCUUUGCCGGGCGCCGUAAUGAAGCAGAGCCAGCUUAGGCCUCUACGACUAGUGCGCGAGAAUACUGUGGUCGAGGAUGACGAAGCGGCACGGAAGAAGGCAAACAGAGGAAGCUGGAUGCCUGCAUGGUUCAACCGGGCUGGUGGUGCUGAAAAUGAGCCUAUGAAGCCACCAAACACAACAUAG